ACAAUAAAAGGAUGAAGCACAAGCGGUUCUGGACAAGUUUGGUGAGAGUGAAUUGACCCUAUCGCCGGUCAAUGAUGACGUCGAUGAUAUACCAAGACAUGUUGACGAUGUGACGCACAUUGUGACAAAGGGAAAUGAGCAAGGACUGAGUGGCAGGACAGUCAAAUACCUGUGGGGCAUUCUAGCAGGCAAAUGGGUUGUAGAUGUAACAUUUGCAAUGAAGGGCGUUGGCUUCCCGAAGCACCGUACGAGAUUGUGGGGGACACAGUAAUGGGUCUCACACAUGGACCGCGAAAAGGACGUCGACGACUGGAAAAGCAAGAGUGUCCUUUGUUUCAUGCGAUGCGAUUCAACUUUUUUGACAAGACGCAUCCAAAGCGUGACAAACUGAUGAAGCUGUGCCAACAAGUAGGCGGAGGGGAGGUGUUGAGUCGACGGCCACCUGCGGACAAGGCUGGCCCAUGGCGUGAUAACGACAACGUCCAACGACGGAGCGUCCAUCGAAACGUGCCCAUCAUCAUUGUCACGGACCAGAGACAGCUCAAGAAGAAGAGUGCAAAACCUUUAGAGCUGUAUCAAGUGAGAGAUGCCCGAUGGCUCUUGGAUUGUAUAAGCAGAUGUGAUGUUGUUGAAGCCAACUGAGAAAAAGAAAUAUUGUCCGCAUGCGGAAAGUGGAUUAUGUAUUCGGUUUAUAGUGUGGGGAAGUUUCCAGAGUACUCUUUUUACUUCUUGUUCUCUUUGCUUCCUUUCCCCUUUAUUUUUUAACAAGUGUAUAUACACCUCCUCAAACCUCCUUACCCUUUUCUUACCAUGCCACACUCUGAAACCCAUGGUUGUACAUUAAA